AUGCCCGCUGGUAGGACUAUAUUAGCUUCAACUAUUGCUAAGCCUUUUCAAGAAGAAGUUUCAAAAGCUGUUAAACAAUUAAAAUUUGUUCCUAAAUUGGUUGGUUUUUUAGCAAAUGAAGACCCUGCUGGUAAAAUGUAUGCAAAUUGGACUUCAAAGACUUGCGAAAGUCUUGGAUUUACAUAUGAAUUAAUUGAAGUUAAUAAAAAUGAACUAGAGACAAGUUUAAUAAAAGCUAAUAAAGACGAUUCAAUAAAUGGUAUAAUGGUUUAUUUCCCAGUUUUUGGUGAUAAACAAGAUCAAUAUUUACAACAAUUAAUAUCUCCUGAAAAAGAUGUUGAGGGUUUAAAUUUUUUAUAUUAUCAUAAUUUAUAUCAUAAUGUUAGAUUUUUAGACCCACCUGCAAAUCAACAAAAAUCAAUUAUACCUUGUACUUCAUUAGCAAUGGUUAAAAUUUUAGAAUAUUUAGGAAUUUAUAAUACAAUUUUACCUUAUGGAAAUAGAUUAUACGGUAAAAAAGUAUUAAUAGUUAAUAGAUCAGAAGUUGUUGGUAGACCAUUAGCUGCUUUAUUAGCAAAUGAUGGUGCAAUUGUUUAUUCAGUUGAUAUAAAUAAUAUUCAACAAUUUACAAGAGGUGAUGAUUUAUCUGAACAAAGACAUAAAGUUUUAGAAUUAUCAGAAACAGAAACUUUAGAGAAAUUAGCACCACAAUGUGAUGUUAUAAUAACUGGUGUACCAAGUGAAUCUUAUAAAUUUCCAACAAAUUUAGUAACUCAUGGAACAACAGUUAUAAAUUUUUCAAGCAAUAAAAAUUUUAAUGAUGACAUAAAAGAAAGAGCUGGUUUAUAUGUACCAUCAAUUGGUAAAGUUACCAUUGCAAUACUAUUGAGAAAUUUAUUAAGAUUAAUUCAUAAUAAACAGAUUAGACAAGGUGAGGAGGCCAAUUAG